AUGCCUGCAGAGAGCCGUUUUAUUAUCUGUGCAUAUCUAUCUGCCAUAAUAUCCAUCUCGUUCUGCAUUUAUCUCUCUCUCUCUCUCUCUCUCUCUCUAUCUAUCUAUCUAUCUAUCUAUCUAUCUAUCUAUCUAUCUAUCUAUCUCAGCCUGAUAAUAUCUAUCUAUCUAUCUAUCUAUCUAUCUAUCUAUCUAUCUCAGCAUGUUCAUAUCUAUCUAUCUGAGCCUGUUCAUAUCUAUCUAUCUAUCUAUCUAUCUAUCUAUCUAUCUAUCUAUCUAUCUAUCUAUCUAUCUAUCCUGAUUAUCGCUUCUUUCUUUCUUUCUUUCUUUCUUUUUUCUUUCUCUGAUAGAUCUCAUGUUCAUAUCUAUCUAUCUGAGCCUGUUCAUAUCUAUCUAUCUAUCUAUCUAUCUAUCUAUCUAUCUAUCUAUCUAUCUAUCUAUCUAUCUAUCUAUCUAUGCCAUUCUGUUCGGUAUCGAUCACAUUCCGUAAUCUAUCUAUCUAUCUAUCUAUCUAUCUAUCUAUCUAUCUAUCUAUCUAUCUAUCUAUCUAUCUUAGUCAUUAUAAUAUCUAUCUAUCUAUCUAUCUAUCUAUCUAUCUAUCUAUCUAUCUAUCUAUCGUUUUGUUUGCUGGUCGGGAAAUCCGUUGGAAAGCUGCUUUGUCUGAAUCUAUCUAUCUAUCUAUCUAUCUAUCUAUCUAUCUAUCUAUCUAUCUAUAUAUAUAUAUAUAAUAUAGUUUAUCUAUCUAUCUAUCUAUCUAUCUAUCUAUCUAUCUAUCUAUAUAUAUAUAUAUACAAGUAUAGGAUUGUUGAAGCCAUGUUGCUGUGGACGAUAGAACGCCGCCCGUUCGCCAACGACAGUUUCGUGAAGAAUAACGAUUUUGCCACAGCAGUUCAGCGUGAUAUUCGUCGCCAAUUCAACAUUCGCUGGAAUCAAACUGUUACCACUCGUUGGGUCCAUGCACUUCGUACGCGAGGUACCCAAAUGAAAAGCCCGAGCAAUGGGGACCACACGAACGCGAAAUAUACAAAGGGAGACAACUGCUACACGACUCAAAGGACUCCUGUUGUGUUUAAUUAUGAGGUGGGAUAUGGACACAGUUUGAAAUCUAUCUAUCUAUCUAUCUAUCUAUCUAUCUAUCUAUCUAUCUAUCUAUCUAUCUAUCUAUCACGGUCUCUUCCUUUUCCAAAUAUGAUUUUGUUCAUAUCUAUCUAUCUAUCUAUCUAUCUAUCUAUCUAUCUAUCUAUCUAUCUAUCUAUCACGGUCUCUUCCUUUUCCAAAUAUGAUUUUGUUCAUAUCUAUCUAUCUAUCUAUCUAUCUAUCUAUCUAUCUAUCUAUCUAUCACGGUCUCUUCCUUAUCCAAGUAUGAUUUGUUCAUAUCUAUCUAUCUAUCUAUCUAUCUAUCUAUCUAUCUAUCUAUCACGGUGUCUUGCUUAUCUAAAUAUUAUAGAUUUGUUCAUCUCACUCUCUCUCUCUCUAUCUCUCUAUCUAUCUAUCUAUCUAUCUAUCUAUCUAUCUAUCACGGUCUCUUCCUUAUCCAAAUAUGAUUUUGUUCAUAUCUAUCUAUCUAUCUAUCUAUCCUAUCUAUCUAUCUAUCUAUCUAUCUAUCUCCCUUAUCUAAAUAUUAUAGAAUUGUUCAUCUCUCUCUCUCUCUCUCUCUCUCUCUCUCUAUCUAUCUAUCUAUCUAUCUAUCUAUCUAUCUAUCUAUCUAUCUAUCUACCUAUCACGGUCUCUUCCUUAUCGAAAUAUGAUUUUGUUCAUAUCUAUCUAUCUCUCUAUCUAUCUAUCACGGUCUCUUCCUUAUCGAAAUAUGAUUUUGUUCAUAUCUAUCUAUCUAUCUAUCUAUCUAUCUAUCUAUCUAUCUAUCUAUCUAUCACGGCGUCUUGCUUAUCUAAAUAUUAUAGAUUUGUUCAUCUCCCUCUCUCUCUCUCUCUCUAUCUAUUACGUUCUCUUCCUUAUCCAAAUAUUAUAAUUUUGUUCACAUCUAUCUAUCUAUCUAUCUAUCUAUCUAUCUAUCUAUCUAUCUAUCUAUCUAUCUCAGCCUACUUAUUUUAUUUUCUUACAAAUAAACAGAAUCAUUAUUUUCUUACGUGUUUUCCCUUGAAACGCUUCGAGUCAUCCCGUGACCUCUUUGAUUGUAAACGAAAAUUCGAUUGUUUCAUUCUACAAAAUACAAUGCGUUUUGCUAUCAUCAUGAUCGUCUUUACCAGAAUUGUGGCUUCCUCCUUCCUUCUUUGCAAUUACGUCCGAAAUAUUCGUUUUCUUUUCAAUGAUUUCAAAAUAUGCGUAAAAGACUUCCUCAAUCACGGGUUAUCAAAACGUCAGCCAUUAUGGGCAGUGACAAAAUUGAAUUUGGAUUUUAAUUAA